AUGAUACCAUAUCGAGGAAGACAUUCUUGCAAAAUGUUCAUAAAAGGAAAACCAAUUAGAUUCGGAUACAAGUCUUGGAUAUUGGCUUCUUCCGACGGUUACGUAUUCUCAUUUGAUAUAUAUCAAGGAAAAAGCGAAAAUAAAUAUGAAUAUGGAUUAGGUGGAAAUGUAAUCAUAAAAUUAUUAAAGGCAUUGCAAAAACCAAAUUAUCAUAAAAUAUAUUUUGAUAAUUUCUUUACAUCAUUUAAACUCUUGUCAUACUUAAAACAAAUGGGAUAUUUUGCAACUGGAACUGUGAGGGACAAUAGAAUAGAGCAUUGCCCAGUUGAAUCUAUAAAGGUUGUAGCAAAAAAAGAAAGAGGAUAUUAUGAUUAUAGGUUUGAAAAAUUAAGCGAAAUAUUUGUAGUUCGUUGGAAUGAUAAUUCGGUGGUGACCGUUGCAUCGACAUGCCACACUAUCUCUUUGCUUUCUAAUGUUUCAAGGUAUUCUAAGAAAAUAUCUUCUAAAAUAAAAAUUCCUCAGCCAAAUAUGGUAACUGCUUAUAACAAACACAUGGGUGGAGUUGAUCUAUGUGAUAAUCUAAUAUCUACAUAUAGAAUAAAAAUAAGAGGAAAAAAAUGGUGGUGGCCAAUAUUCACCAAUUUUAUUGAUGCAGCUUUGGUAAAUUCAUGGAAAAUCUGGAAAUUCGUGAAUCGAGAUGACAAGAAGAGUUUGCUUGCAUUUAGACGAGGAGUUACUAACUACCUCCUUCGAACGCCAGUAAAAAUUGAAAAAAAUUCAAGUACAGGUCACGCCAGCCAGUUUGCAUUACAGUGUGAAAACCCUAUUGAUUCAUCUGGACAAUAUUUAUCCAAAAUUAUAGAUGGAAAAAGACGAAGAUGCAGAUAUUGCCAUACGCACUCAAGAUAUAUGUGCCAAACAUGUCAAAUCGCACUCCAUAUUAAAUGUUUCAAGGAUUUUCAUAAUAUAUAA